GAAGAUGGAGAUAUUAUCGAUUGCGUCGAUAUCUACAAACAGCCUGCUUUCGAUCACCAUGCGUUAAAAAAUCACAUUAUCCAGAUGAAACCUAGUUUUGAUUUGAAAGAGGAGAGAUUGAGCUCGAAAAACGAGUCCACAAAGCUAGCAAUCUUUCAAACAUGGCAAAAAAGCGGAAGUUGUCCGGAAGGAACCGUUCCAAUUCGAAGGAUUCGAAGAGGGGAUUUACUGAGAGCGAAAUCCGUCCAACAAUUCGGAAGAAAACCUCAUGAAGUUGUCUUGAAAUCAAAUACAACAGUUGAACAUAAAGAUGGCCAACUUCCAUCAAUUAAUACCACCGCACUCGCAAUGCCUGUUAUUGUUAAUCGAUCCGCAGCAACUCUUGUUACAGUUGGAUACAAUUACAUAGGAGCUAAAGCGGAUAUCAAUGUCUGGACUCCAAAUGUUGAAGCUCAAGAUGAAUACACUACAGCUCAAAUCUGGCUUAAAGCUGGCCCUGGUGAUAAUUUUGAAAGCAUAGAAUCUGGAUGGACAGUAAACCCACAAUUAUAUGGUGACAAAAGGACCAGAUUAUUUGCACAUUGGACUAAAGAUUCAUACAAGACAACAGGUUGCUUUGACAUGACUUGCAGUGGCUUUGUUCAAACAAGUUCCCAACAUGUACUUGGUGGAUCCAUUGGGCCUGUCUCUACUGAGUUUGGAAAACAAUAUUAUCUCAGAGUUGGCAUUUAUAUGGAUCCGAACACAGCCAAUUGGUGGCUAAAAAUUGGGAAAGAUAUACCAGUUGGGUAUUGGCCAGCAUCAACCCUAAUGUUUUACUUGAAUCAUAGUUCAACAAUGGUUGAAUGGGGUGGACAAGUUUAUAGCUCAAAUGUGAAGAAAAAGCCACACACAAAGACUGGUAUGGGAAGUGGCAAAUUUGCUACUGGUCUAAAAGGGAAUGCAUGUUCCAUACUGAAUAUUGCCAUUGUUGAUUUCUCAAUGCAACUCAAGUAUCCACAGUGGGUAGGCACUUGGGCUGAUGAACAGUAUUGCUACACUGCUUUAAAUUAUCAAGAAGGAUAUGGAAAAUUACCAAUUUUUUACUUUGGAGGACCUGGUCAGAAUUAUAAUUGUCCUUAGAGUCCUCUAAAUAUUUUUUUAUCGUUUAUAUUAGAAUAAAAUCCAAUGUGGUGGAAAGGUUU